AUGUCGACUGAUAGCAACGCUUUGCCUCCUGGUCAGGCUGAUCUUGUUACUGUGGUCAGGGAACAGGCUAGAUUGGUCAGUUUUCUUGCGGAAAGGGUUGAGGAAACCAACCGUCUCCUUCGUGCAUCCACCACUACCAGGGAAGACUCGGAAGAGUCGUGCGAAAAUGCGCAGCCACGCAGAUUCUCCGUCAUACCCUAUUAUUUCCUCCACGUCAACUUCCCCGAGGGCGCGAUGGACGACCUACGAAAGGACAUGAUCAAAUUCUGCCAAAGGGGGAGGAUGACGUUCCGCUUCCAGUAUAACGAGCACCUGGGCGCUACGGACGAGAAUAUCAUCCUCAUCGGGUUCAACGAGGCAACUAUUGAGUUCCGGAUAGAUGCGUCUCAUCUUGAUCCCAAGACCCAGCAGUUGCCUGCCAACAAAUGCAAGAAAACAGGUGGGCGAGGCAGAAUUUACCUCCUACCCGAAGAGCACUUCCAUGAUCCUGGUAGGAGACUACUGGAAGCCAUCGAGAACCAAUGGUUGUCAGGAGCAGGUCUGGGCUUCACCGAGCGAUUCAUAACCCACGAUAACCGCUCUCUCAGACUCUGGGACCUUCCUCUAAUCCGGGGAUUUGAGUACUGCACCAUUGACGGCUUUUCACAGACACGGGACGGCGCCGUCGAAAGGAUCGAUGACGCGAACAUCAUAUGGCAAGUGAGGCAAGAGUAUCCAUCGCCGAACAGUCCGCACUUUAUUCGUCUGAUCGAGACAGAUGAUGCUGGAAGGGAUCUUCAGAACAAGCGAUCCUCCGUUGUCUUUUGCAUUCGUCUCGACCAUCCUAGCUGUACUUCAAACAAGCCACACGAUGGCGGAACAUGCAUUGUUUCGGUUUCGUAAACAAAUGGUCCAGGGACCGCUCGAGAACCACUAUUGGUUUCCUUUGCUCCCGGGCCCGCUAUAAACAAAGAAUGAUGGAUGUCCAUUCUACCUUCGUCCUCCUUGAUAUACGAACCUUUUACUCAAGAGAUGACUCUUUGUUUCCUGGUAGUCUUUAUCGCCCUGGUAUCAUCCCUCAUUGCGUUAGAGGGGUUCUGUUGGAAAUGAGGCCCUGGGUUUGAUGCCUUAGUUGGGCCUAGUGCGCCCCUGAGAAAACUCUGUCCCCUACACUCGAAAGACGCUCUAUAAUAGCCACUACUGCAGAGCCAACUUACCACUCUUCUAUAGUACUGAAUCCAUCACUACCUUUGACUCUUUAAGGCUCACUAUUGGCCCUAUUAAGUAGCAAUAUCGCAGUAUUACCUC